AUAAAUUAAACAUAUAAACCUAAUAUUUUGCUCCAACAAUUCAAAUCUGCUAUGCCUCUCUCCAUUGCAACGGCACAUCCCUAAUAUUUCCUCCAACAAUUCAAAUCUGCUAUGCCUCUCUCCAUUGCAACGGCACAUUCAAAAAAAUUUGCUAUGUCCAUUGAAGGCAAUUCUCUCUUUCUCCUCCCUUCUUGCUAAAGACGGAUUGCUUUUUCAAUUUACUCAUCUUUUGAACUCUCUUUUUGAGUAUUCUUCUUGAAUUUCUAAAUUAAUUCAUGGUGCAAGUCGAUCCUAAAAAUGUUGGCCGCGAGCUAGAGGAGAAUCAGGAACAUGAUAUAUCUAGCGAGGGGGAUGAGUCUUCUAAAAUCGUUAGUGAUGGGGAUAAGGCUUCUAAAACAGUUAGUGAUGGGGAUGAGUCUUCUGAGACAUCUAGUAAUGGGGAUGAAUCUGCUGAGGAGAAUGAUAUAUUAUUGAUACCAGAACGUGAAACCUCAGUAGACCUCUCCCAAUAUAGUUUGCGUAAGGAAUUGGAGGACGAGGAUCACUUUGAUGGACUUGUGAGCAUUUUAUCAAGGUGGGAUGUUGUUAAAAUUAUACAAUAUUACUUGGAGAAGGAAAAAGUGUAUAACCAAUUUAUGAAUAGUUGUUUUGGCUGCUUAUUAAAAGUGAACCUAGAGAAUUGGAACAAAAAUUUUUGUGGCCAAAUCGUACACUAUCUUCUACAACGACGUGUUGUAAGCUUAAAGAAAAAGGAGGUUUGGUUCAUAAUUGAUGGUAAGCCAAUUCGAUUUGGUAUGAAGGAGUUUGCUAUGAUUACCGGACUGAAUUGUGGAAAAAUUCCCACUGGUAGGGUUUUAUAUGAUGAAGGGAUUUUUUAG